AUGUCUGACCUAAGGGACGCCGCUCCCCCCCCUAUCCCUCAGCGUACCCGCCAUCUCCACGUCCAUCGCCAUCGCGACCACGGCACCACCACCCCUCCGCCCCCGGGCACCACCAGCAGCAGCAACAAUAACAAUCAUACCGCCGCCUCCGACACGUAUGUACGUCGCCGCUCGCUGCAGGGUCCUGCUCAGCCUGCCUCGCCUGAAGUCAUCUCCUCUCUCAUCACGAGCCUCUCCGUCAUUUCCAAACCCGCCGACCGACACUUUGAGUCUCCGACGCUGACCAGCCUCUCUCUCCCUUCCUCGCCCCGUCACGGCAGUCUCGUCAGCAACGGCAGCUUCGGUGUCGACUACGGCGCCUUCUCACAGCCCUCCCUAGGUGAUCUUCGAGAGGAGACGGUAUCCCUCGACGAGCUCGCCGCCAGCUCGCCCGUCAUCCGAACCGCCAAACCGCCCUCCGGCUUCUCCCCACUCACCGCACCAAAGUCCCCCUCACGCGACUCUAGCGGCGGUUUCAAGUCCAUCCUGCGAAACAGCUCACGCCCCUCCUCCCGAAGUUCCCUCGGUUCCCGCGAUGAUACCCAGAGCAUAGGCAACCUCUCUGUCGAACGUGGUGUUGCCCCUGCCUCCGACUCGACCCGGAGCCGCUCCCGAUCGCGUGACAGCUGGGGACGGAAACAGGGUAGGAGCCAUAAAGGUCUCAUGUACAUGAGCUCCAAAGAGCGACUGCGAGAGAAGGAAUACGAGAGAAAGCGCCUCAGCGGUGCUGCUCCUGCUAGCCGCGCCUCCUUUGACGAUACACCCUUGAGUACCGGCCUAUCGCCUCGACCCGAUCCCUUUCUCGCCGAGACACCCAUCAGCGAGGAGCCACCGAUACAUUACGACCCGCCCACGAGGGAGCCUCCGCCACGGCCUGACCACGCACCCACGAUGGACCCCUUACCGAGCCCGCGACCCAUCCCGACGCGGGACUCAUCGCUACGCAAGACAGGACCCAACGCCAAGAGGUCUUCCGUCCGGAACUCCCGGUCGAAGCGAGACGGAGAGAGCAGCGCGAUACCCGAGGACGACGAAGCUCGUAACAGCAACAGGUAUUUGAAGGACCAGUCCUGGUAUAACGAAGAUGGAGAGUCGAGCAAGAAAUCGGCCGACCUCGGCCGUAGCUCGCAACGGUCGUCCGCAAACAUGACCGCCACGGGGAACAGCCGUGCGGAUGAGAUUCGCGUCACGAGUCCGCAGCCUCAGGACGAUCUCGAGGACGGCGCGCCGUUCCCUGCCGUCGCUCAAGGGCGGCGCCGUGACGAGCAUAGCACAGACCGCAGCAGGAGGAAAUCUGGCCGGCAGACGCCCGACGCCAACGAGGCCGUCCGAUUGAAGCGCAGUAGCUCCAGGCUCAAGCGUCUAUCGGCUCCCUUGAGUCCGCGAUCAGAGGGCGGAAGCGGACGCAGCGACAUUGCCUCGCCCGAGCCCGUAAAUGCCAUGCCUUCGGGGUACGAGCGCCCUCGUAGUGCCGACUCUGUCGACGAUGCCGUCGAGUCCUACCUGUGCUCGCCGCGGUUGUCUCAGAAGAUCAGGCAUCCCCAAACUGGCCGUGUCAUAUCCUUUUCGGAAGUCGGCGACUCGGAGGGCUCGGCUGUGUUCUGUUGCGUCGGAAUGGGCUUGACACGAUACAUCACGGCCUUUUACGACGAGCUGGCGCUGACACUCAAACUCCGCCUCAUCACGCCCGACCGACCCGGCGUCGGUGACAGUGAGGCCUACGCAGACGGCACGGCGACGCCGCUCAGCUGGCCAGACGACGUCUACGCCAUCUGCCAAGCCCUCAAGAUUACCAAAUUCUCCAUCCUUGCCCAUUCUGCCGGGGCCAUCUAUGCGCUGGCGACGGCCCUCCGCAUGCCCCAGCACAUCCGCGGUCGCAUCCACCUCCUCGCGCCCUGGAUCCCUCCUUCGCAGAUGAAUGUAUUUGGCACAUCGCAGACACUGCCGCCCACCAACGCCAUUCCUACUUCACAACGCAUCCUCCGUGCUCUGCCGACACCGUUUUUGAAAGCCGCCAACAGCUCAUUCAUGUCGGCCACGAGCAGCUCCAUCACGAGCUCACUACCCAAGAACUCGAAUCGCCGAAGCAAACGCAAGUCAACCAACACGACCGGCCGCGAUACGCCAGCGGCGCGGCGGCGAUAUCACGCCGAGCAUGGACAAGGAAAACCUCGGCCAGACCGGCUAUGGCAAGGGCGGCAUCGACAUGGAAUCUUCAUUGGGACCCGAGAGCAUGGACCGUCUACGCGCACCGCCUUCGGGUUGACGCAUGCUAUUUGGGAUCUCGCAACAACAGGCGCCAACCCGGCCGUGGACCUUCUCGUCUGCCUCGAACGGAGGCACACAAUCGGCUUCCGCUACGUGGAUAUUACGCGACCUGUUGUCAUCCACCAUGGGAGCCGAGAUACGCGCGUUCCUGUCGACAAUGUUAAGUGGCUGGGCAAAACUAUGCGGCGAUGUGAGGUACGCGUGCUCGAGGGCGAAGGCCAUGGCCUGAUGGCGAGUGCCGGUGUCAUGGGUUCGGUACUCAUGGAAAUUAGCAAGGAGUGGGAUGACUGGAUGAAGGUGACAGGGAACGGUGGCAAGAAGGAGGAGAGGGGCCGUCGAGGGACACUCGGAAGGUCAUAG